AUGGUUGUCCCAUCUAUCCAAAAGCCAGCUCCAGCAUUCACCAAGACCGCAGUUGUCAACGGUACUUUCGAAGAAGUCUCUCUUGAACAAUACAAGGGUAAGUGGGUUCUUUUGGCCUUCUUCCCAAUGGCUUUCACCUUUGUCUGUCCUACCGAAAUCAUUGCCUACUCUGAAAAGGCAAAGGAAUUCAAGGAAAAGAACUGUGAAAUCUUGAUGGCUUCCACCGACUCUGAAUACUCUCUCUUGGCUUGGACCAACGUUGCAAGAGCAGAAGGUGGUUUAGGCCCAUUGAACAUCCCACUUAUUGCUGACAGAAACCACUCUUUAUCUAGAGACUACGGUGUCUUGUUAGAAGAAGAAGGUAUUGAUUUAAGAGGUAUCUUCCUCAUUGAUCCAAAGGGUACCUUAAGACAAAUUACCAUUAACGAUUUACCAGUUGGUAGAUCUGUUGAAGAAUCAUUGAGAUUAUUAGAAGCAUUCCAAUUCACCGACAAGUACGGUGAAGUUUGUCCUGCAAACUGGACUCCAGGUGCUGACACCAUUGUUCCAGAACCAACCAAGUCCAAGGAAUACUUCUCAAAGCAAGCUUAA